AUCACGUGACUGCGUUAAACCCGGAAGUAAAGCCAUAACUGAUAGAAGCGUUGCAUCGUUGAUGUGAUUUUUGAUUGUUUUUAGCUGAGCUUGGAAUGAGCAGACCCAAACACUGACAUGUCCCUCAGAGCGGGAGGUGAGUUUAGACUCCAGCUGAGAUAAUGGGUCAGAAAACGCUCCUGAGCGGCAGCUACGGCCAGCUUCUCCUGCUGGGUCUGCUCUGCUGCGGACUUUUCCCAGAUGUUUCUGCCUGUAAGCAGGAAGCGGAGACUCCGGACUGGAGGAUGACUCUGAAAACCAUCCGGAACGGGAUUCAUAAAAUCGACACGUAUCUGAACGCAGCUCUGGACCUGUUUGGUGGAGAUGAUGGACUCUGUCGCUACAGAUGCAGUGAUGGAUACAAACCGACGCCUCGUCCCGGGUACAAGCACCCACCGCCUAAUGGAUGUGGCUCCCCUUUGUUUGGGUUUAAGUUUGAUUUGGGAAUCCCCUCCAUGACCAAAUGCUGCAACCAGCACGACCGUUGCUAUGACACCUGUGGCCGCCAGAAACACGACUGCGAUGAGCAGUUCCAGGACUGUCUGGAGACCAUCUGCAGGAACGUGCAAAGGACUCUGGGAUUGGCCCAGACUGUCCAAGCGUGUGAGUCCGCUGUGACCCUCCUUUUUGAUGCCGUCAUGCACCUGGGCUGCAAGCCAUACCUGGACAGCCAGCGGGACGCCUGUGUGUGCCAGUACGAAGUGAAAAAGGAGCUGUGACAGCGCUGCCAAUACAGAGACUCUGAAAUCUGGAGUUUAACUUUUAUUGUCUAGCUUUUCUCAGGGAUGGGGCCUUUUUGGCUAACUGUGCAAUGCUAAGUGAAUGUUUAAAAAAAAUGUUUCUUUUAGGUGGUAACUAAUAUUUGUCCCUGUGCAAACCACUAUUUAUAUAUAUUUUGGCGAUUACAGUUAAGGCCCUUUGAUGGAUGAGAACUGAUUCAGGUGUCCCUCAUGCUUUAAACAGGACGCCACACAUACGUUCUGUUCAGAGUUCAAAGGUCAGCUUACUAUACAGCAAUAAAGCACACAUCCACAUUCUAAAGCAAAGGGCGUUUUUAUGUUUCUAGGAAAUCUUUGUCAUUUUUAUUCAGGCUAUUCUCCCAGCCUCCUAAUCUCAGAUGUUCUUGCUGUGUCCAGUGCAAAUCCCUUAUCCUGACAGCAUUCUGAUGUCUGUGUUCAAAGAGUUGGGAAAUUCAGAGAGGCAAGGCAAAAGAAGCCUUUUCAGGCUAACAAACAAAUCUGAGGCAGAUUAGGAGAAAAGAGGCAUGAGUCUUUGAUUACUUAAAAUAAAAACAUCUAUUUUCUACUAAAAGGCCUGGAGGCGUACACUGUUGAUAAAAACACUAAGGAUCCUUGAUGAGCUCCAGCACCAGCAAACACAUCUCUUUCUUUACGUAGACAAAAAAAAAGUCCUA